AUGGAAAUUGCAGAAAUGCUCGAGCGUAGGAUUGACAUCUGCUGCUUUCAGGAGACCCGAUGGAAAUCGAAUGGUGUCUGUCAUAUCAACUCAGACAAAGAAAAAUAUAAACUAUUCUGGAAUGGUCAAAAGACGGCCAAAAAUGGUGUUAGAACUUUUGUCAAAAAACCGCUAGCCCAAGAAGUACUAGAUAUUAAAAGGAUUAAUUCACGUCUCAUGUGGAUCAAGUCACGGAUCAGUGUAAAACUCCCUGCUUAUGAUCAUUGCCCUUUGCCCCUGAACCCACUCCGUUCUAUAGCGUUACCUGCUAUGCACAUUAAGAUUGAACGGCUAUUUGAUAUAAUACUAUUCACGGGGGUCAAAUUUUAA